AUGACGGCGCUACAGAUUUUCAAGGGGCUGCUACUGGCCCUGCUGUUACUAGGGCAAGCUUCAUCUCAAAGCAAACGCAACCCCAAACUUAACAUCAAGACUCCUGCUCGGAAUCAAAAGGGUAGUCAUCCACCCAUUGUGCAGCCUGCUGCUGCAGAGGAAGUCACACACCAGAUAGUGCCUCCUAGUGGGGAAAAUGCAGGGCCGCUAGCGAGGAAUGCUUCGGUCAACUCGAAGCCCUCCAAUGACAUGAAGCUUACCUUUCUGAAGAACACCAAGGUCACCUGCAACGAUGGGACAACAGCCGGAUAUUACAUAAGGGAGCAGAGAAACAGCAAGAGGUGGAUUAUCUUCUUAGAAGGUGGUUGGUGCUGUUACAACACAGAAACUUGUGACGGCAGACACAAAAAUACUCGUCGCUUGACAAGUUCAUCGGAAUGGCCUCAAACAAGAAAAGGAACAGGCAUUUUGUCAGCUCACGUGGAAGAGAAUCCUUACUGGUGGAGUGCAAAUGCAGUGUUUGUGCCUUAUUGCUCCAGUGAUAUUUGGAUCGGAACUCUGCCCAAAUCACGACAAGUGCCUUAUGCUUUCAUGGGCUCUUUGAUUAUCCAGGAAGUAAUAAAGGACCUCGUCCCCAAAGGAAUGAAACAAGCAAAGGUGCUGUUGCUUGCUGGGUCAAGUGCUGGUGCCACAGGAGUGCUGUUGAACAUUGAUCGGGUGGCAGCCCUCUUAGAGGCGCUUGAAGCAGAAGCCCUUCAAGUCCAGGGGCUUGUUGAUUCUGGCUGGUUCCUGGUAGACACCAAACGGCCAAGAGCACCUGGCUGUUCAGAUGCUUUCGCUUGCUCUCCGGUGGAGGCUCUCAAGAAAGGGAUCCGAAUGUGGAGUGGAAUCCUUCCGGAAAAAUGCAAGCAGCAGUUCAAACGAGGCGAGGAAUGGCAAUGCUUCCUGGGAUAUAAGUUGUAUUCAUCCUUGAAAACUCCAGUAUUUGUGGUUCAGUGGCUGUUUGAUGAGGAACAACUGAAAUUGGAAAACGUCCGCCUCAGGAGCACGAGCGUCUUGGAAAAUCAGUGGAGUUAUAUUCAGAACCUUGGAAGGGACCUGAAGAGCACCUUGCACGACAUCCCUGCGGUGUUUGCGCCCUCCUGUCUUGCUCAUACGUUGGUAACGAAAAGUUACUGGACAGAAAUUCAAGUGAAAGGGGUUCCUCUGCCACGAGCCUUGCAGUGCUGGGGGAGGAGCCUUCAGGAAGUGGGCCAGUCCUCCAAACCGCCCCUCCGCAGCUGCUCCUUCCGCCUGAUUGACAGCUGCUUGUGGCCAAACUGCAAUCCCUCCUGCUCUGUGCUUCAGGAUCGGGCUGGACACCAAGAAGCUUAA